UUCUCUCACGGAAAAUAGCCUACGGUGUGCCCCCUCCGCACCUGAAGGGCUGUUCCUAGUCCAUGAACAAGGAAAUAAGACACCAGAAAGCAAAUACCGUCCGAAGCGAGUGCGCGCCUCACAAAAAUGCAUCGCCAUGGGAAACAACCUUACUAAAGCUAUCGAUAAGUGGGGUCUCAACCCUCGGAAAUUUUCAAGCAAAAGCAGGAGGGCGAAGGAUGCACCAGCUCGCCCGCCCCAUCAGCCACCAGAGGCCCAUUUGUACGAUGCGGUGCCGGACAUGCCAGUCUACUCGGUGGUGAACAAGAAAAAGCAGCGACAGGAGGAGGUGCAUUAUGCGGAGGUCCAGGUCCUGCAGUCGCACUCGGGAUCCAGCAGGGGGGGCCAGAGGCCAUAUCCUGAAAGUGACAGCACCACAGAGUACGCUACAAUAGACUUCAAGGGUCAGCCCCCUCCUCCCUCAGCCACCACCCAAGGCAGCAGCCUCAGACCAUCCAUUUCCUCCAAACCAGCGGAUAUCCUCAUCCCCCCCGGCGACCUACAAAGACCCAUUCCCAAUGCAGUGAGGAAGGGGUCAUCCAAGAAGGCAGUGGUUGUCUAAGGCUAGUUUUACUCCAAGACAACUACAGGAGAUUCGACUGUCUGUUUGUCAGGACAAAUUUUCAUUUUAGCAGGUCUGUCAUUCAGGACUGACAUAUUCUUUCACCAUACACAGUCUCAGUGGGUCCUCUGGUCUACAUGAAUAAAAAAUGAAGGGUUAAUUUUUAAUAUCGUGUCAAUGUUGCCCUUUCCUUUUUGAUCAGCAGAUUAAUGCAACAUUAGGUGGUUCUUGCCAGGUUCUAGACUUUGUAAUAUCCUUUGAAUAACAUAAAUUUUGCAUUAUGUUCUUUAACGAAUGCACUUUGUCAGUCAAGUCCGGUUCUGCUUCCUUAUGAGGUGAAUGCACAUCUACACCAUUACUGUGUGUCCUGCUGUUUGCCUCCCAGUGCAGAAGUUUGAAUGGUACCCCCACCCUAAUACACAUCAUCGGUACUUGUAUAUAUGAUUGGCUUAGGGGUUCUCUUUAUUGGAAUUUUUUAUCAUUUAACUUUUACAACCAAAAAUAGUUACACUCACAUUCUUUGCAUAUAUCAAGGAUUCACAAACAGAAGGCUCAAGGAGUCUUGAUGACAUUUCAUAAUUCUACAUUGAAUAUGCAAUUGUGGUGUAUUACGUCCUGUUCUCUUCCAAGAACCCUAUGUUGACAAAUCAAGUUCAAACAGCCAUUCCAGCUGGAAGUGCUACUGUCCCAAAUCAUUACAUUCCUAAGCAUUGCUGUUUAAAUUUCUUUAGUAAUGUUUCACCUUCAGAGUUAUAAUAAUGUUUGCUGGGUGCACAUUGUGCUGGAUGCUGUUUGUGUUGAUUUUAGAAUAAAGUAAAUGUUAUCUUUUCAAAAUGUAAAAAGUCUGUAUGCGAACGUGCACAUGAGCGGGUGCAUGCAAGUGAAUAUGAUUUCUAUGAUUUGGAUGGUUGAACUUGUUAUGGUACUUUAGAGAUUUAUGUUAUAUUUGUACGUGAUUUGUAUGUGAUUUAUUGCAAAGGUUCGCAAAGAAUAUCACUUACAAAGAACAUUCUUCCUUAUGGAAAUGCAACUUUGAGACAUUGUAAUAUAUUACGACAAUUUUUAAUAUAUUUUCCAAAUGGUCCACAUAUUUACAAUAUGCAUCAGCAUGUUCCGUUUCUGUAAGGUCAGUAGUACCUUGUUUCAUUCUUUGCUGUUCCCAAACAAAUACAAUAUAUUUUUACAGUAAAUACAGUACAUCUUAAGGUGCCCAAUUUAUUUUAUCAUCUUAAAUUGGUGAUUGUCAGAUUUUCCAGUUUUGUAAGCAGACACCUGUUAUUGUGUAAUUCUGGAAUAAUUGUUUCUCGAUAUUUGGAUUGCUAGUUUAUUUAAGGACAACUGUAUAAACGGCGUUUUAAUUGUAUAUGCACAAAAUAAAUAAAUCAUGAAACAUUAAAGCA